CGGCUGUUGAAGACUAUUUUAAGAUGGUUAUGCUACAGUCCCCGGUGCAGAAGCCCAACGAUAGUCCCACUGUUGGCGCUCUGAUGAGUCCCAAUUCGCAUCCCGACUCGCCCAAAUCCAACACAUCGCCAGAGCUGAGCAAUAAUGGCACUGGCAGCGGCCCCGAAGCCGCCAGCAGCACCAGCACAACAACAUCAGCGACAACAACGGUCACCAUCACGCCAGCCAAGCUGCCCAAGUUCAUUAUCAGUUCCAAUGGACAGGCCUCCAAGCAGGAGGAGGGCUUGCGCUACUCCUUGGAGCGCCUCAAACAAAUGAGCAGCGAGUCACAUUUGUUCAGUCAGCUCAGUCCCUCGCAUGAGGAGGACAGCUCUAAUAAUAAUAACAACAACAACACAAGUCUAGCCAACCAGAACGCCACGCCAGCAACAGUAGCAGCAAACGCAACCAACUCGACUACCCCCCGCAAUCGUUCGCAGUCGCCGCCCGUCGGCAAUGCGCUUAGCUUCUCCAGUCCAGCACAGCAGCGUAAGCUCCUGGAGCUCAGUGCGGUGCGCCACUUGGCGCGCCCGGAGCCACUGCAGCAUCCGCACGCAGCGUUGUUGCAGCAACAUCCGCAUCUGCUGCAGAAUCCACAGUUUCUGGCUGCAGCGGCUGCCCAGCAUCAGCAGCAGCAGCAACAACAACAUAUGCACCACCAUCAUCAUCACCAUCCGCACUCCCACUCCCACUCGCAUGGGCAUCCGCACUCUCAUCCGCAUGCACAUCCUCAUCAUGCCGCGGCAGCUGCAGCCGCUUUCCAUUUGCGCGUGACUCCCAACCCCUUGGCCAAUGCAACCACCACAAGUGCCACCAGCACAGCACCACCUUCACCAGCCACCUCGCCGUUAUCGCCACCAUCAUUGCCACUACCACCAACAUCACCGCCGACGCCCACGCAAAUGCAUUCCGACCAGCAGGCCAAUUCACCCACAGCCACCGCAUGUGGCACACCAGCAAGCCAACCACAUUCCGUCAUGCCACAGCAACAGCUGCAACCACAACAACCGCCCCCGUCUAUUCAGCUGCUGCAUUCCAGCCCCGCAGCCGCCACCGAUAUGGACUUGGAGCGCAUAAAACUGGUGGCAGCGGCGCAGGUUGUGGCCGCGCGUUCCUCCGGCCAAGUGGCCGGCACUUCUGCUGCCGUGGCCACCUCAUCCAUCGCCUCGCCGGGCAGUGCACGCCCGGAGCUAAGUGACUAUGGCUUUAGAAUACAGCUGGGCGGAUUAGCAGCUGCGGCUGCGGCGGCAGCAGCCACAUCCCGCCAAAUCGCAGCCGCUAAUUAUGCGCGGAGCGACACCAGUGAGGAAUUGAAUGUCGAUGGAAACGACGAGGAUAGCAACGAUGGAUCGCACAGUGCACCAUCGGUUUGUCCCGUUGAUCUCACGCGAUCUGUGCCCACUUCGAACAAUGCCAGCUCCUCAUCGACAAGCGCGUCGUGUGACAAGGAACCUACCAAACGUUUGGCCUUUUCAGUGGAGAAUAUUUUGGAUCCGAAUAAAUUUACGGGCAAUAAAAUGACAGCGGGAGCGGGACCUUUCGGUCAUGCGCGUCAAUGGAACUUCGAACGGGAUGAGGAAAUGCACGAGCGUCUCGAUGAUGAGCAGAGCGAGGAUAUGUCUGCCCAGGAUCUCAACGACAUGGAUCAGGAUGACAUGUGCGAUGAUGGCAGCGACAUUGAUGAUCCCAACAGCGAAACUGAUUCGAAGAAAGGCGGCAGUCGCAAUGGCGAUGGAAAAUCGCAGGGCGGAAGCGGUGGUGGCUCCAAGCCUCGACGUGCUCGAACAGCCUUCACCUACGAGCAACUGGUCUCCCUCGAGAACAAGUUCAAGACGACGCGCUACUUGAGCGUGUGUGAGCGUUUAAAUCUGGCGCUCAGCUUGAGCUUAACUGAGACACAGGUCAAGAUCUGGUUUCAGAACCGGCGUACCAAAUGGAAGAAGCAGAACCCGGGCAUGGAUGUCAACAGUCCGACCAUACCACCGCCCUCGGGUGGCUCCUUCGGACCUGGUGCCUAUGCCAGCAGCCUGCUCUACCCCCAUGCCGUGCCCUACCCGCCCUACGGUCCAUACUUCCACCCACUGGGGGCGCAUCACUUGAGCCAUUCGCACUCAUAA